UUCCUCACGCCCAGCAUCCUCCUCAUUGGGUGCCGUAUUGCCCAUGAUCCAGCGCUGGACCGCUGGUCCCCUCGCCGAAAUGGCCUUUAGGCUUGAGGGAGCGGGACAUGCGGAGCAGAAGAAGAAAGGCCAUUCCACCUUGGAUUUCACCCCAUUCUCUUCUUCCCACUUGUUGCUUACUUGACUGGUCCGAGUCUUCUUCUUCCAUUGAAGCCUUCAAGUUUCCUAGCGCCAUCUGCUCUACCUUACUCUCCAGCCACCCAACACACACACGAAGUGGUGCGCUACACUAGCUCAACUGGCGCAACCAGCCCUGGACUUUGGGGACUCGGCUCGAACUCGAGAAUCGCGAACGAAUACGGAUACAUUUGCGUGCUUACUUACUGCCGCCUGCGUCCGCUACCGCUGCUUUGCUACCAACGCCCAAUGCCCCUCCAUUCCAUGUUCGUAUGACGCGUUGCGAGACCCCAAGCCGGCAAACAUCCGCUUCUUCUGGGUCCUUAUUUUUUGGCCCUUUCUUUCCUUGUGGAUUCCCCUUGCUCAGCGGCGCCGCUUAAUAUUUGAUACCCAGCAAGGUACGGCACGCUGAGCUGUAGAGAACCGGGACGAAGUGGUCCAUCACCAGCCGAUCUCUGCUUUCUCUUACGAUCCAUGUCGAUCUGUUGUUCUUAGAGACGCAGCUCAUUGCGACCUGGUUCCCCUCGAGAUAUUCUUCCCUCUCUUGCAACCUGAGACUUCUCAUCAUAUUGGAGCGAACAAAGGUGGACUCGACUCAGGAAUAUACGGGCGAGGACUCUUCUACAUGCACUUUCACCCACUGCGUCUGUGCUCCCCAGACAUUUGAAGCUUCGCACAGCAUCGAGAGACCCUUCAAGACCAUGUUCACAAACACACAACGACUGCUGUCAGCCUUUGCGGCGACUGCUCUCCUCUUCGCAACUUCAUCAUCAGCCGCAGCCGUUCAACCCCGGCAAGGUCCAGGUCCGGUCAACGACUGGAUCUCCGUUGACUCAAAUGGCAAUGCCCGAACCAUCUCACCAUCAGUCGUCACUAGCAAUGGCGCACGCACAACAAUCAGCCCGCCACCGUACUCAUUAACGGGCUCCGUCUACACCGUCACGGCCACCACCGGCGGACUCACAACCAGCACAGGCGUACCGCCGCCGCCGCAAGCAAGCAAUACCCAGGGAUUUGGAGGAGUUUUCGCCGUGUGCAACAAUAGGGUCGGCCAGGAUGGUCCGUUUUGUCAACCUCGACGGGGUAGCACUCUGCACGUGGAGUCGACGUACUACAUCACUUGGGAUACGACAUUCUUUGCAGAUCCCGCCACGCCCAUUGGCAUCGUCGGCUUCGAUGUAGACAACGGCAUCACCGACAACGCACCCGCAUUCUCCGUAACAAACCUCAGCGGCGGCGAUGGCUGGGUUCCCUGGACCCCUCACCUUACCGACCUCGAAAGCAAGACCUCCAACAACAUGACCAUCAUCCUCAUGUACAACGACCCCGACACGGGCGAAGAGAAGAACGUCACGGGCCCCGUAUUCACGCUGAGGAUGGCAAUGGACACCGACACACCUAACUCGAGACCGAACCUCCUCGCCAUCCUAUUACCCGUCAUCCUCAUUUCCCUCGCCAUCGCCGCCUUUAUGGUAUGGCUGUAUAUCAGGCGCCGCCGCCGUCACGCGGCCGUCGCUGCCGCGGUGGAGCGCCAGAACGCGGCGCAUCCCACGGGACAGCCGCGGAGCAUGCAUGGGCAGAAGGGCAGCGCGGAUAUCCAGCUCGAGCCGACGAGUCCGCCGCCGGGUUCUGCGCCGGGGCGAAAUGUGUUUCAGGAGGAGGUCCGCAGACAGGAGCGGGAGAGGGCAUAACGAAUGAGUGAUACGACACAGGCAUUGGGAACGGGUAAUGACAGGAAUCUUGUCUGGCGGAGAUCCGUUGAGACUUGAUGGAAUAGGGAGGGGGUACUUCGUUUGGUAACGACUUUCCAGCGAUAUCCUCAUCUCAGAAUGAAGGCACGGCAUCUAUGACUAUCUACAUACCAUGAUACAAGAGACGGAUGGGAUGUGCCAUCGCUCAACUUUGAUCUUCCAUCCUCAACAAUAAUGCGGCGCUGGUUCUAUUAAAUGCAGUGUGUGAGGUCUGACUCAAUAAACCCAAUGUACCCAGGCGGCCAUAAUGACGGGUCGCUAGAGUCAACCUCUUGACUUCUACCGUCGCAUGCAGCGGUAUACAGAAUAUGGCCUUGCUGAAACCAAUGCUCUGAGUCAAAGGCAAACCAUGACCAUGGCCCGUCUAGUACGAUGUCUAUUAGUCGCCCAAGGUGAGUCUAGCAACGAGUAUCCGUAGAGAUUGAACAUCAUGGUGAUCAAUCUACUGCGGUGGGCCUACCGGCUGCCUCGGGUCCGCGGGCGGCCGCGGAGAUCCGGUCGCUUGGUGGAGUGUCAAGGGGCCCGAAUGGAUCUUUCACAAC